ACCGCGGUGUGGGGCCAGCGGCCUGACCCGGGGCGGCGGGCGGCGGGCGGCGGGCGGCAGCGGUCAUGACGGAGGGCACGUGCCUGCGUCGCCGAGGCGGCCCCUACAAGACGGAGCCCGCCACCGACCUCAGCCGCUGGCGCCUGCGCAGCGAGCGCGGCAGGCAGACGUGGACGUACUUGGCGGGGGCCGCGGGCCCGGGCCGCGGGCAGACGGCGCUGGAGGCGCACUCGCUGGGCCUGGACCCCGGGAGUUACUUCAGGGACCUGCCCGAAGCCGACACGGCCCGUCGAGCGGCUCUGAACGGGAUGGUGUUCUACGCGGGGCUGCAGGCUGAGGAUGGGCACUGGGCGGGCGACUACGGCGGCCCGCUCUUCCUGCUGCCGGGCCUCCUGAUCACGUGCUAUGUGGCCCAGAUCCCUUUGCCAGCGGGAUACAGAGAAGAGAUGGUGCGGUACCUGCGGUCAGUGCAGCUCCCGGAUGGUGGCUGGGGCCUGCAUGUGGAGGACAAGUCCACGGUGUUUGGGACUGCACUCAACUAUGUGUCUCUGAGAAUUCUGGGUGUCGGGCCUGACGAUCCUGACUUGGUCCGAGCCCGGAACAUUCUUCACAAGAAAGGUGGUGCUGUGGUCAUCCCUUCCUGGGGGAAGUUCUGGUUGGCUGUCCUGAACGUUUACAGCUGGGAAGGCCUCAAUACUCUUUUCCCGGAGAUGUGGCUGUUUCCUGACUGGGUCCCCGCACAUCCCUCCACGCUCUGGUGCCACUGCCGACAGGUCUACCUGCCCAUGAGCUACUGCUAUGCCACCCGGCUGAGCGCUAAGGAGGACCCGCUGGUCCAGAGCCUCCGCCAGGAGCUGUACGUGGAGGACUACGCCAGCAUCGAGUGGCCGGCACACAGGAGCAGCGUGGCCCCCGAUGAGCUGUACACACCGCACAGUUGGCUGCUCCGUGUGGUGUACGCACUACUCAACCUGUAUGAGCGCCACCACAGCACCAGCCUACGGCAGCGGGCCAUCCAGAAGCUGUACGAGCACAUCGUGGCAGAUGACCGCUUCUCCAAAUGCAUCAGCAUUGGCCCGAUCUCGAAAACCAUCAACAUGCUUGUGCGCUGGUACGUGGAUGGGCCAGCCUCCUCCGCCUUCCAGGAGCACAUCUCUAGGAUUCCUGAUUACCUCUGGCUGGGCCUCGAUGGCAUGAAAAUGCAGGGCACCAACGGCUCGCAGGUGUGGGACACCUCAUUUGCCAUCCAGGCUCUGCUAGAGGCAGGGGCACAACACAGGCCUGAGUUUUCAUCUUCCCUGCAGGAGGCACAUGAGUUUCUCCGGAUCUCACAGGUCCCAGACAGCCCCCCUGACUACCAGAAGUACUACCGCCAGAUGAGCAAGGGUGGCUUUCCCUUUAGCACACUGGACUGUGGCUGGAUUGUUGCCGACUGCACAGCUGAGGCCUUGAAGUCCAUCCUUCUCCUGCAGGAAAAGUGUCCCUUUGUCACCAAGCCCGUCACACGAGAGCGGCUCUAUGAUGCUGUUGCUGUGUUGCUGAACAUGAGAAAUUCUGAUGGCGGGUUUGCCACCUAUGAGACUAAGCGUGGGGGGCACUUGCUGGAGCUGCUGAACCCCUCGGAGGUCUUCGGGGACAUCAUGAUUGACUACACAUAUGUGGAGUGCACCUCGGCCGUGAUGCAGGCACUGAAGCUUUUCCAUGAGUGUUUCCCAGACCACAGGGCCGGGGAGAUCAGGGAGACGCUCAAGCAGGGCCUGGAGUUCUGUCAGCAGAAGCAGCGGGCUGAUGGCUCCUGGGAAGGCUCCUGGGGGGUUUGCUUCACCUAUGGCACCUGGUUUGGGCUAGAAGCUUUCGCCUGCAUGGGGCAGACUUACCGCAGUGGGGCUGUGUGUGUGGCGGUCUCCCAGGCCUGUGACUUCCUGCUGUCCAGGCAGAUGGAGGAUGGAGGCUGGGGGGAGGAGUUCGAGUCCUGUGAGCAGCGGCGUUACGUGCAGAGUGCCACGUCCCAGAUCCACAACACGUGCUGGGCCCUGAUGGGGCUGAUGGCUGUCAGGCAUCCCUGCGUAGAGGCCCUGGAGAGAGGAGUCAGGUGUCUACUUCGGAAACAGCUCCCCAAUGGCGACUGGCCCCAGGAAAACAUUGCUGGCGUCUUCAACAAGUCCUGUGCCAUCAACUAUACGAGCUACAGGAACGUCUUCCCCAUCUGGGCCCUUGGCCGCUUCUCCCGCCUAUACCCAGAGAGUGCUCUUGCCGGCCACCCUUGAGGGCGCCUGGCAGGUGGGUGGGUGGUGGGCGCAGGUGUCAGGCAAGUUCCGGUUGGAGCAGCUCGGGUGAGCUGCAGGAGCCCUGCCCAGGGGCCCAGUGCCCGUCACCACCCACUUCUGCAUGGCGGGGCCAGGCUUGGGGCAGGGCUGGGGCUGGUAGCUUUAGAUACUUGAUUUUCAGGAUAGGUUUAGUUCUUAGAAGAGCUUGUGGCGCUCAGGUGAGGAAAGGAACAAGCUGAACCAUGACCCUGGAGGAGGUGUGGCGUGUUCUGCAGUACCUGGGCAUGGCGCACAUCCUCGCUAUGGGGCUGGGGGUGCUUUCUUGACCAAUAUCUGAGAUCUUGGAAGAGGGGAACCAUGCCUCGUCUGUCUCCUGCCAGGUGCUGCCCAAAAGCCAGCUUGGCUGGGCUUGUCCCUGUGUGUUCUGUCUGUGGGGCUGAGGAAUGUGACAUCUUUUCCGAACAGCCCAGAGGGAGGCUGGUCCUCCCUGUUCACCCAGCCACCCAGGGCUCAGGAAGGAAUGGGGACCAGACUUGCCAAGUGUCUGUGCCUGCUCAAAGGGGAGCCAGACGUGGCCGCCAGCCCUGUCCUACACCUCAGGCCCACCCAUGCUGCAUUACGGUCCUGCUAGUUGUGGGCGCCAGCGUCCUUCUCUCCUGAGUUGAUAGCCUCUAGUGUCUGGUGCUGACAGAAGCACAGGCGGGAGGCCAAGCAUGGUGAGGGAUAAGGGCUCAUGAGUGGUUUGGCGGUUAGCACUGUGGGGCACUGCCGUGUGCUGAGGGCAGCAGAGCAGUCCGUGCAGCUGGCUGGACAGCCUGACGUCCUGGUAUGUGCUCUGAGCCGAAGUGACGGCCACAUUUCCAAGGCAAUGCCUCUUCGGUGCUAAACUUUUUAAUUCCCUUCUGGCUCUAUAUCUGUUUGGUUUGAUGUGCAUGGAUUUGGGGCUCAGGCUGAAAAAAACCUGGGUUCUGGACUUGCCUUUGACCUUGGAGAACAAGUGGCUCACAUGCUCAGGGCUUCCCCAGGAGUGUGGCUGUGAGAAGUCACCAGGAGCUUUGAUGAGAAUAAAAGCCAGGCCUGGUGUUGCCCCUAGGGCCCCGGCCUGCUUGCCCACCCCAGUGCCCCGUCUACCUGCUGUUCCUCUGUACCACCUCCUGGACUGGCAGCAUCCCCUGGCUGUGCUUCCUUGGCUGACCAUUCUCCAUCAGACAGCCAGAUGUCUGAGUGCUCCCCUGCUCCUGCCAUUCACUGCCCAGCUCCCUGGAGGACCUUCACCAAGACUUUGCACCAUGUGGCCUUGACCCUGCAGCUCUCGUGGCCUUGAGUGCUGUCCCUGACUCUGCCUGGGACUUGCCUGCUUUGGGCCUUGGUCUAAGCCAUUCCUCCACUGACCUCCUCUUGCCCCAAGGUGGUGCUUCUGCUCUGAGCCCUGCAGGCCUGGGUUGUGUGUGCACAUAGAUGGCCUGCCGGCUGCACUGGCUGCUGUGCUGUGUGGCACGUAGUGGGUGUUCAGUGGAUGUCUGUUGAGUGUCAGCACUUUUUUCCAGACAGUUUAAAUGAGUGUUUGUUUUGGCUGAAGGAACUGUUCAGAUCUCUUUGAAAUCUAGUGGGUUUGCUCUUGCACUUCUUUUCUUGGCCCAUGUUCUCUACUCACUGGGGCAGCAGGAACCCAGGUGGUGAUUUACCACAGUCUGCUCCUCGAAGUGGCCACUGCCCCUGGGAGACUCGCAGCCAUAGCCGGAUCACUGGACAGAACAUAAGAAAUGAAAAUCUGCUUUUCUACUGAAAAUGUUUCACUUCUGUGGCCAGCUACCUUAAUAAAAAGACAUGUGAUUCCCUUAGGCUGAAG